AUGGGCAAAACUUGGCAUGAUUCAUGGGUGCAACAGCUUUUUCGGGCCUGCUCAACCUCGUGGUCUCCGUUUGGGAUUGAAUCCAAAGCUGACCCCCCUAUGAAAUACAAAAGCAUGACGGUGUUGAACCAUGAGGUAGCGGCUAGGAUUCCUGACAUAUCAAAGAUACCAAGUGGGCAGCUCUUGGGUUUUCAUUCCAAUGACCAAGGUGUUCUUCCUCCUCCUAGUAGCCCUUAUAGUCGUGGCUGCCUACCGAUCAAAAGAUGUCGUCGAGGUGGUCCUGUUGCUCCCCCUGGUCCUGAGAUCGAAGCUAAAGCUCACUAG